CUCGACCCCGCCUCCCUAUUGGGGGAAAAACCCACGCUGGGGAAACGAAAGUAAACAUCGCAGGGAGAGACGGGGCUGCGCGGAGAUGGCUACUGCACAAGCUGCCAAACUAGAAAGAACAAUUGUGGUCUACGGUAUUCCAGAUGGCCUUCUAAACACUGACAUAAUGGUUGACAUACUAAUUAUUCAUUUUCAAAAGCAAAAGAAUAAAGGUGGCGACGUGGAGGAUAUCGUCUAUCCCACAUCAACCCAAGGAGUGGCAUACAUAACAUUUGAAGAUAAAGGAGUUGCAGAGAAUGUUCUGAAAAAUGAACACCAUUUGGAGGACAAGAGGCUGCAUCAGGGUUAUCCCUUGAAAGUGUCACUGUAUGGAGAAAGCGUUUUUACUUGUGUGUCAUGCACUCUUGGGUUGGCACCUUUGAGAGCAAAAUGCAGUUUAGAAGAUCUGAUAGAAGACUUGAAGAAGAAUCUUCCAAAACUCAGUUUUGGGCCUUUACACCCGAAUGGACAGAUAAAGGUGCAGGGGCCAUUUUGUGCCAUCAGUGCACUUCAGAAAAUGUUGUUACCAAGAAUAAAGCAUUCCUGUUCUGAACAACACAAGAAUGUAAAAAAGAAAGUGCCAGAUCAUAUGGCAAGUACUAGUCAGACAAAGUCUAGAUUAAGUACUAGUCCGACAAAGUCCUUGGAGCCAAGAAAUGAUUUGGGUCAAGAUGCAAGUGAAGAUGAACUGAGUGUUUCCCUUGAUACUGAUAUUUAUCACUACAUGAAAAAAUUCAGAAACAAGUUAUAUCAGAAGAAUCUAGAACAAUGUGAUGUUGUUGGUAACGCAUCUGUGGGCGAUGAAAUUACCACCAUAUAUCUGAGAAAAAAGACCCCAAAGGCAAGUGCCAGCCAAUUAGAACGUGCCAAAGAUAGACUUGAAAGUUUGUCAGCAGAACUGCAUAGCUCUUUACGCAAAGAAAGAUUGCCUCUGAAAGGCUCCACCAAAACAGAGAGACAGAAACGUGUGCAGGCACUCAACGUGGUCUGCACACAAUAUCCAAAUGUCCUAGUUGCAGAGUAUUCAAGUCACAUAGAUAUUAUAGGCUCUUCUUCAGAUGUUUUUGAAUUUACACAAGAGAUGAAGAAAAUGUUCAGGAAUUCUCAAAAAGAACCCUGGAAAUAGUUUGCCGUUACUUUGAUCCCAGGGAUCUGGCACAGAGCUAUUGCCCCAAAUACCAUCUUUCUCUUCUAAAUCUGUGGGUGUAAUUGGCAUCACUGUUUAUUUUUCCAUCCCUGUUCCCCAUCCUUCAUUCGCAGAAGCCUUGAAUGUGUUAUGCUUGAGCUACUUGGAGAACUUGUUUUGAGAGUCUUAUUUCUUUUUGGUUUAUCAAUGUAACUACACAUAGCUUGACUCUGAAAUUCAUUUAGUUAACCAUGUUGGAUCAGAACAAGUAAGAGGUAGUUAGAAGAAAUGAUGGAAGUGUCACAGCUUCCCACAGAACAUAAAUCUUUUAAAAAUCACAUACUUUCCUUUUGUUACCUCCAUUUUAGUAUAUUAGCAUUUUUAAUAAAACUAGCAUAUUUGUGAAGCAAUGUUGUUUUUAGUUUAAAAUUAACAUAUCCUUAACAUAUUCUUGUGUAAUUGUGUGCUUUUUACACCGGCAGCUUCCAUUGCUCUGUUUUAUGCAGUGAGAUAUCACAGGGAAAAGUGUGUAGGCAGCUAGAGUCUUCUUUUAAAAUAUUAAUUUACAAUGAAAACUUAUUACAAGGAUGGAUAAUGAGAGUAAUAAGGGAGGGUGGGUAGACAGAUAGAUAACUUGAUAAUAUCUUGGUAGUUCCUCUGGAUUAGCCAUGUCUUUAUAUGUUAAUGUUUUUUACUAGUUUUAAAUUUCUAAUUUUACAGUAACUAUUGUCUGUGAAAAGGCAGUAAAUAAAAGUAGACAUGUGUAAUUUUUA